UUGCGGUCGACAGAACACCAAGCAGUGACAGAUGGGCUUUGGCGCCGGAGAUGCAUCAUACAUUUAACUAGUCCGGUUAGAUAAUCUGCAUACGAUACGCCUGCAACGGCAAGCUUCUCCCCAUAAGAAACAAAGGGGAAAAAGUCACUGGCAGGGGCUGUAACCGAAAACUCACUCGAUAUGGAUUGACUUGAACGUCUUGGUUGUGUUUUUACAUUACAUAUUGCAUCAAAACAUCAUAAAAUAACGGUAAUUACGUUGUGACAUGGACAUACUUUGCAUUCAGAAAUUUAAUUUGAACAUGACUAUAGCAUUUCUACGUAAUACGACAAAAAACAGACUUUCUGACACUCACUGGUUCCGGCUCCAUCAUAUAUUUCCUAUUAAAGAAUAACGUCUGUUCCUGUGUCGAGCCACCAUAUACACUGCAUUUGUGAUGUCUCCGUUUUGAACGUCCUGCAGGUUUAUCGUUUGCAGCUAUUGAAGAUUACUUUUCUGGUCUGUUUAAACAAUCGUGAAAUUGCUAAAAACAUGCAAUAACAAACAUCAACUUAAGCCUACCUGUUAAUUCGGCGCAGAAUUGAUUCUGUUUCAGUGAUGAGGUUCAGACCGCAUGUAGCCUACAAACCCUCACCUGAGGUCUGUGUGCCCACAACCCAACCUUUCUUUUAAUUCAAGCAAGGUAUUUCAAGGACCUAUAACCACCAGCAAACCAGGUAAAUGAGCGCAAUGUCUCUUAGUACGCCGAGGUCUGUGGUCUUCUGAGCGCUUUUCGCCGGCGAUCGCCGGGCUGCGGACUCCCGAAGCUACACGGUAGAUGCUGCGAUCUUCUUGGCAACUAGGAGGUUCGUUACCAAAAAACGAUGGGCGGAGAAAUGCUGGAGAUAGAGAAACUGCGAACGGGGGGUUUGUAGCUGAAGUCCAGCAGCCGCGGAUUAAAAAGGGGCGCUUACGGUAUUUCUACAGGAGAACCGAGAUCUCUGCCCCCGUUUCAUGCGUCUGUAGCGGCGGCCAGGACAACAUGACUGUAGAGGAGGUCAUUAACAUCAGGGAGACAGAGAUCAUAAAACUGAUCCUGGACUUCCUCAACUCUCGCAAACUCCACAUCAGCAUGCUGGCCCUGGAGAGGGAGAGCGGCGUCAUCAAUGGCCUCUAUUCGGACGACAUGCUCUUCCUCAGGCAGCUGGUGCUGGAUGGCCAGUGGGACGAGGUCCUUCAGUUCAUCCAGCCUUUGGAGUGCAUGGAAAAGUUUGACCGAAAGAGAUUCCGCUACAUUGUCCUGAGGCAGAAGUUCCUGGAGGCUCUGUGUGUGAACAACGCCAUGUCCGCCGAGGAGGAGCCCCAGCAUCUGGAGUUGACCAUGAGGGAGGCAGUCCAGUGCCUCCACUCCCUGGAAGAGUGCUGCCCGUCCAAGGAAGACUACCGCAAGCUGUGUCUGCUACUGACGCUGCCGCGACUGACGCACCAUGCCGAGUACCGGGACUGGAGCCCCAGCACGGCGCGCGUGCGCUGCUUCGAGGAGGCCUGCGCCAUGACGUCCGAGUUCAUCCCGGCAAACCGCAAGCUGAGCGAGGCGGGUUUCCGCGCCAGCAGCGACCGCCUCUUCCAGCUGCUCAUCAAGGGCGUGCUGUAUGAAUGCUGCGUGGAGUUCUGCCAGAGCCGGGCCACGGGCGAGGAGAUCACGGAGAGCGAGGUGCUGCUGGGCCUCGACGUGCUCUCGGGUAACGGCUGCGAGGAGCUGGACCUCAGCCUCCUCUCCUGGCUGCAGAGUCUGUCUCCGGACGUUUUCUCCUGCGCCUUUCAGCAGAAGAUGCUCAGCAUCCAGGUGGACAAACUGAUGAGGCCGACCAAGGCGGCCCAAGCAGACCUCCUCACCCCCCUCAUCAGCAAGCUGUCCCCCUGCCCCAUGUCCCCUGUGCGCCGGCCCCAGUCUGCCGACACCUACAUGUCCCGCUCCCUCAAUUCCGCCCUAGAUGGCCUCUCCAGUGGCCUGUCCAGCAAGGAGAAGCGAGUGGCCGAUGUCAAAAACAAGAUCUCGCCCUUGUCGCACUCCUUUGCCAACUUCCAGUACUCCGGUGGAGCGAACCUGACCCGGAACCUGAUGGAGAACUCGGGCUUCCAAGCCAGGGACUCCCCUGAGAGGCUGGACGUUCCUGUGGACAGCAGGGCAGGUUCUGGGGCACCGCAUUUCCCACGAUCCUCUUCAGCUCCCGGUGGCGAGACUUUGCCCUCUGAGAACAAUGAGUUCCAGGAGUACUGCAGGCAGCGCAUGCGCGUGCAACAGCACCUGCAACAGAAGGAGCAGCAGAGACAGCUCUACCGGCAGAUGCUGCAGGAGGGGGGGGUGCACCAAGAGGAGGGGCCCAAGCCGCAGCAGAACCUCACUGAGAAGUUCCUCAACAGGUCCAUUCAGAAGCUGGAAGAACUGAAUGUAGGAAUGGACUACCUAGGAGGAGACAUGCAGUCCCUGAGCCAGCAGUGCGACGGGAGGCCAAGAAGCACAGGCCCCGCCCAUAACAACCAACCCACCAAUCAGUCUCUUGAGGGACAAAUGCUGCGGGGCGGCCCUAAUGUGGUCAGCAGCACGCCCCAAGCGGACAGGGCCUGUGUCAUGCCCCGGCUGACGGAAUCCCCGAUUCUCAUCCCCAAGAGCAUGCAGAAGGGGAGGAUUGCCCAGGCUGGUGCUCCAGAGGGGUCUGACUGCUCUCUGAACUGCAGCAGGCUCACGGAGGAGGAGGAGCCCAAAGCUCUGUUUGUGGCGGUCAGCGUCCUGGAAGACGCGCAGGCUGUCCGUGCCGUGGCCUUCCACCCUUCGGGCGACCUGUAUGCCGUUGGCUCAAACUCCAAAACUCUCCGAGUCUGUGCCUACCCCGAUGGCCCAGAUACCCGCUCCGACAUCCCCAAGUCGCCCGUCGUCCACUUCAAGAGGAACAAACACCACAAGGGCUCCAUCUACUGCGUGGCCUGGAGCCACUGCGGCCAGCUGCUGGCCACCGGCUCCAACGACAAGUACGUCAAGGUGCUGCCCUUCAACGUGGAGACCCAUAAUGCCACAGGUCCAGACCUGGAGUUCAGCAUGCACAAUGGGACUGUCCGGGACCUGGCCUUCAUGGAGGGGCCGGAGAGCGGGGGUGCCACCCUGAUCAGCGCCGGUGCCGGAGACUGUAACAUCUACACCACCGACUGCCAUCGAGGCCAGGGGCUGCAUGCACUCAGCGGGCACACGGGUCACAUCCUGUCACUCUACACCUGGGGAGGCUGGAUGAUCGCGUCGGGAUCCCAGGACAAAACCGUGCGGUUCUGGGAUUUGCGGAUCCCGAGCUGCGUCAGGGUGGUGGGGACGACGCUGCACGGCACAGGUAGUGCGGUAGCUUCCGUGGCUAUGGACCCCAGCGCCCGACUCUUGGCCACAGGCCAGGAAGACUCCAGCUGCAUGCUGUACGACAUACGGGGGGGCAGGAUUGUGCAGACCUACAGACCCCACGCCAGCGACCUCCGCUCGGUGCGCUUCUCCCCAGGGGCGUGCUACCUGCUAACCGGGUCCUACGACGGCAAGGUCAAGGUCACCGACUUGCAAGGGGACUUGACCAAGCAGCUGCCCGUUAUGGUGGCAGGGGAGCAUGCAGACAAGGUCAUCCAGUGUCGGUGGCACGUGCAGGACCUCUGCUUCCUGUCGUCGUCCGCGGACAGGACCGUGACGCUCUGGGCCCACAGCAGUCCGUAGUGCUGGUGGCAGAGGACUUCCCAUGGAGCUCGACAUACGAAAUCGCCACCUUCGCCGUCACCAUCCCCCCAAGCAAGCCUGAGGAAACGUGAUGACAUGGUCUCUUGGAAACCAUUGUUCUGCUGGUUUCCCACUUUCACCAUUUUCCACUGCUCUGUUUUUGAAGGUACGUUUAUACAUCUGAUAGUGAGCAAAUGAAUGACGCGAAUGUCCAUCCUGGUCACAUUUCCCAUUCAGAUCAUAAUGUAAAAGAAGAUAGUAUGUAUAUUGUGCCUUGAGAGAGCAGUAUGUUUGCAUUAGCCUAUAAGAACGCAUCUCAUUGCAAUAAUAUCAAGAAGUAACAAGUUUGAGUGUGAUAAUUGUGGCGUAACUAUUCUUUUGUGAGAUAUUGGAAAGAGCUAGUGCUUCUGUCUUUCCUGCAUUUUUUAUUUAGUUUUAUGGUAUUCCCAUUUCUGCAGAAUUUGCCGUACAGCCAGUAAGACGCUGUAAAUUCUGGAGAUUAAGGAUUUUUCAGCGUAAUUUUAAGGAAUUUUAUUAAUGAGAAGCGCAUUUCAUUUUCCUAUAGAAAUCCUUGUGGGACCCCUUAAAAAUCUGAUUUUUAAAUUGUGGGCUUAUUUGUGCCGAAUGGCAAGGAUCUAAAUCCUAUUCUAGAAACGACUCCAAGGAUUGAUGGUGUUGAUUGAUGGUUAAUAUGACCAGAAAUCUUGGUGAUCAUUUUGAAAUUGAUACCCAACUAGCUUUACAGCAUGACAUUUCGAUUUGAUAUGUUUAAUAUAAUAGAAAGAAAUGCUGAAGAGUAAUUGCCUAGUAUGCAAAAAUUGUUCUCUUCUCCUAUAUAUCAUUUUUGCAUUUUGUUAAGGUGAAGUUGAUGCAAAGCUAAUUCAACCUCAAACACUAUUUAUUUGUGCUUUCUUCUGGAAUUGUCACUUUAAAUGUUGUGAGAAUAUUUCAAAUAAAAUAUUUUUAAUUAAAGGUUUAAUGUCUAUUCCU